AUGGCUGCCCUGAAUUUCACCGCCAUAUCCCUCCGGCCACCGGAAAAAUCAUACGUAACUGGAAACCACCGAAACCCCAUUUCUUUUCUUCCAGGAAGGAGACCCAUGAAAAUAGCUGCGGCUGCGAAUUCUGUUGAAUCUUCGCCGACUGUGCCGGAAAAGCCUGAAAUCGAGCUCGAAUUCAUAGGGGAGAAGCCAGGUAGCGAUGGGUCAUACCCAGUGGAGGGGGCGAAGGCAGUGAGUGGAGAGAAGCUUCUGAGGAACAUCAUGUUGGAUAACAAGAUAGAGCUCUACGCCCCGUACGGGAAGCUGAUGAACUGCGGGGGCGGUGGAAGCUGCGGAACUUGCAUUGUUGAGAUUAUUGAUGGAAAAGAUCUUCUGAACGAGAGAACAAACACAGAGCUCCGUUAUCUGAAGAAGAAACCUGAAUCUUGGAGGCUUGCUUGCCAAACUAUUGUUGGAAAUAAAGAGAACUCUGGCAAGGUUGUAGUUCAGAGACUGCCCCAGUGGAAGAAGUGACCAUUUGCACCCCCAGGAAAAGUUUUAAAGCAUUAAAUUCAUGUAUAAAUCAUGUGAGCUCAAUUAUUUUUGAGAUUUCUAAACUUGGACUGCAAAUAUUUAUGAUUUCCUGUCAAUGUUUGUUUGCAUAAUAAUACUAGUUUCUUUGUUGACUUCUGACAAUACAAAUAGCUUGCAGAAAAA